CAACGAUUGGCUCAGAGAAAAGCCGUACUCGGACCUGAUUGGUCGACAUGAGUCCCAAAACAAACUGACUUUCUUCCUCUUUCUGCUCCCGGUCAUGUGAGUUGGAGUUCCCUCUUCAGGCAACGUCGUGGAGGACAAAUAUGACUGGUAUGAGAUUCUUUAAUGCAGAUGUGCUUUUCAUCCUUCACGUUAUUAACCUGCUUCCAUGCCUGACAUCGCCUGCCCUUCAAUUACCCCAGGUUCCUUUCCUGACGGUCUGGAACGCCCCUACUGCCCCCUGUCUGUCUAAGUUUGGCAUUGACCUGGAUUUAAGUAUAUUCACCAUCGUCCAGAACCAGAAUCAGUCCUUUCUCGGCGACAACAUAACCAUCUUCUAUUCAGAGCGACUGGGCUUAUACCCCAGCUACACUGCGGACGGAGUGGCUGUCAAUGGAGGACUCCCUCAGAACGCCAGCCUCAACAAGCACCUUCAAACUGCAGCUGAAGACAUCCACAGGUGCAUCCCAGAUGAAGACUUCCAGGGCCUGGCCGUGGUGGACUGGGAGAGCUGGAGGCCUGUGUGGGAGAGGAACUGGGACACGAAGGAGAUCUACCGGGAGCAGUCCAAGGCGCUGGUGAGAUCCAAACAUCCCGACUGGAGCCCUCUGCAAGUCAACAUGACAGCCCACGUGGAGUUUGAGGCAGCAGCAAGAAGAUUCAUGGAGGACACGCUGACCCUGGGGAAGAAGCAGAGAGCCAACGGGCUGUGGGGCUUCUACGGUUUCCCAAGCUGCUACAACUACUACAAAGACGUGAACUACACCGGAGAGUGUCCUGCAGUGGACCAGGGCAGGAACGACAAGCUGCUCUGGCUGUGGAACAUCUCAGCAGCCUUGUAUCCUAACAUCUAUCUGCCUCAGGAGCUGCGCAGCUUCGGUAAAGAAGUUUUCCUCUACACGCACCAUCGAAUACUGGAGGCCAGGAGAGUCAGUGCUCAGGUGCAGCGACCUGCUCUGCCUGUGCUCACCAGCACUCUGGAUUUCCUGUCCCAGGAGCAUCUGAUCUACACCAUCGGUGAGAGCGCUGCUUUGGGAUCAGCUGGAGUGGUGCUGUGGGGCGAUCACAACUUUGCCAAAACACAGGCCUCCUGCAUCGCCGUCAAAUCCUACAUCGACCAGACGCUGGGGCCCUACCUUGUGAAUGUCACCUCUGCUGCCACUCUCUGCAGUCGAGUGCUGUGUUCCUCCAACGGGAGGUGCACGAGAAAAGACCCCAAGUCCGGAGUCUUUCUGCACCUGGACCCUGCUGCCUGGAAGAUCGUCUCUGACAGAACCGCAGACAGGGGGCGCUAUGACUACAAGGUGCUGGGACAGAUGGGGACAAAGGAGGUGACCAACUUUCAGGCUGGGUUCCAGUGCAGGUGCUACCCUGGGUGGACUGGUGUAGACUGCGCAAAGCAACUGCACCAAUAGCUUGCUUCGUAUUGCACUAAAGAAAGAGUAUAUUUUUUGCAACAUAAGGUACUUGUAUGAGAAGUCACUGUGCAUUUCAAACUUGAUGUCCCAUGGCGCUCUUAGAUGUUACUUUGGAAGAUGUACUGUCAGAUACAUGGAAGGUCAAUUGUUUUCCCAUCCAGCUGUUAAUGCACAUGUGUAUCUGGAGGUUUGAGUUGCUCCUGCUAAAGAGAGUUUUGAGAAUGCUUUGAGUACUCCAACGAUACCUUCACUAGACAGAUGAAUCAAACUGUGUUUAGACACCAAAGCUCUUCAAACUGCUUCAAAAAUCUCUGCGAUUCAUGCCGAACCUGAAUGCAACCUUUUGUCCGAAUCAAACUUUUUUACUCUUCUGACCAUUUUUUAUUGAUUGUAUCAAACUAGAGUUAUUAUAUAUAAUUAAA